CAUCAUCCCUCGGUGAACCUUUUCACAGCGCUGACGCGUUUUUGGCGCGUCUGGUUUCUGUAUGUUUGUUGUAGCAAAACGGCCAACUACUCCCUCGGUGACAGCAAUAAUUCAUUUGAGUGAAGCAUUUUGGUUUGGUUUACAUCAGCGAUGUCUCAGCAGGCGCAGCAGUCGGGGCCCGUGGCCCCCGACUCCCCGGUGCUCGUCGUCACAAGUAACGUGCAGAAAUAUGCCAUAAAGAAGAAGAAGGUCCUCAGUGCUGAAGAAAGUGAGCUCUUUGAGUUGACUCAGGCCGCAGGGAUCACCGUGGACCAGGAGGUCUUCAAGAUUAUGGUGGACCUGCUGAAGAUGAACGUGGCCCCUCAAGCCGUUUUCCAGACGCUGAAGGCCAUGUGUGCAGGCCAGAGAGUAGCUGAGAGCUGUGGAGAGUCCUCCUCCGCCCCCCACACAACCAGCGGGACCACGGCGCCUACAGAGGUCAAAGAUGAAGAGUCUUUGGUCUCUGGGAAAAGCCCUAAGCUUGCUGCAGCUCACCACUCGGCGUCAGCCCCCAGAUCCGCAAGGGUCAGCACUAAGAUUGUGGUCUACGGCCCCCAAGACGCCAGCUCUCCUCACUCCCAAGCAGCGCGCACUAAAGCUGGGGCGAGCCAGAGUGAGAAAAGUCGAGAGCCCUCCAGCCAGAAGGCGCAGCGGCAGCCAAGCGCCACUAGAGGGCAGAAGACUAAGAGCUCAGGCAGCAGUAGCUCCUCUUCACAGAUCAACUCCUCCUGAGUCUCAUGGAUGUGGGACCUUUUGUAAAUAUUGUAGGUUUCGUUUCAUACAAAUUAUGUGUUUAAUGAUGUCAAGCAGACGGUUUUACUUCAUAAAUAGCUAGACAUUGUUUGUUCUUGCAUUUUAUGUGCCUUUGGCUUUAAAACGGCACAAGAAAAUGUUUCAGAAGUUCUUGUUUUAUAACUCGUGUCACUGGAGUGUCAGUAUGCCUAACUCAUCUUAAAAUGAACCUCGAGGAGGAAAAAAAACAACGUAUAUGUGACAGAUGCUGAGAUAGGAAGUUUGUGUUCGAUUUUAAUUUUUUUUUUUUUUUAAUUAUAGCCUAAUCAGUUUGGAAGUGGUCAGGGAAGUUUAACACAAAUUUACAGAAAAAAUCUUGCAAAUAAUGGACUGCCCUGCAAAGAAACUUCCAAACAUGUUUACAUGCUAUUGUAGAGCUUUCCUCUGCUUGCAGAGGUCUUUAGUGCAAGUAUGCUUUCAGCACAAGGGGCAUCUAUCUGAUAACAUUUUCUUGUGAUGCAAAAAAGAAAAAAGCCCAACUCCUUAUCCCUGCUCAUGGUCUAGUUAUUGUGGUCAAAUGGAGAAUUUUACCUGAAGUGCGUUUUCACUGCAUAGAAGUGAUGUACAAAAAGUAGUAGUCAAAUAUUUAAAUUUGAAUAUUUUCUAUUGAAUAACCCAAGUGCAUUGAUGUGCGCAUGUUUUUAUACCAUAAAUAAAAUAUAAUAAAUAAAAGUGGUGAUGAACCUAA